UUCGGUCACAGCCAUUAAACCAUAGGCAGGCCCGCGCCGCCAUUCAUCACCGCCGGCGAUGACCGCCGCUGCUGACUCCACCGUCAUUGUUCACGUUGCCGACGAACCAUCAUAGAUGAAGACACAAAACCCCAUGGUUCGCUUCUGCAAUGCCCUCUCUCUCCUCUCCAAAUCUCAAUUUCUCAUCGUUCCGUACAAAUCUCAGGAAGCCCAGACGCCGUCCCUGUCUCGUAGAAGCCAUCGUCAAGCUCUGCAAGAAAAACAAGCUAAACGAAGCCGUUUCGUCUCUGGAAAACCUCGCACGGCGAGGCCUGCGCCUCGAUUCUCGAACACUUGCGUCCCUCUUGCAACACUGCGCGGAUUCCAGGGCUCUCAGAGAAGGCAAAAGGGUUCACCUCCAUUUGAAGCUUACGGGUCUGAAGAGGCCCGGUACAUUUUUAUCUAAUCAUUUAAUUAAUAUGUAUGCGAAAUGUGGCAAAGAGAUUGAAGCUCGUAAAGUGUUUGAUAAAAUGUCUGCUAGAAAUCUGUAUUCUUGGAACAAUAUGCUUUCUGGGUAUGCUAAAUUGGGAAUGAUAAAGCCAGCUAGGAAGUUGUUUGACAAAAUGCCUGAGAAGGAUGUUGUGUCAUGGAAUACUAUGGUAAUCGCCCAUGCUCAGUGUGGUUAUUGGGAUGAAGCAUUGAGGUUUUACAGUGAGUUUCGGCAGUUGGGUAUUCAGUGUAACGGGUUUAGUUUCGCUGGCGUUUUGACUGUUUGUGUAAAGUUGAAGGAAGUGGGGCUUACUAGGCAGGUUCAUGGGCAGAUUCUGGUAGCUGGGUUUUUGUCUAAUGUUGUGCUUUCAAGCUCAGUUCUCGAUGCUUAUGUGAAAUGCGGGUUGAUGGGUGAUGCGAGGAAGUUGUUUGAUGAGAUGUCUGCUAGAGACGUUCUUGCAUGGACUACCAUGGUUUCAGGAUAUGCCAAAUGGGGUGAUAUGAAAUCAGCUAAUGAAUUAUUUGUUGAGAUGCCUGAGAAGAGUCCGGUCUCAUGGACUGCUUUGAUUUCUGGGUAUGCCAGAAAUGGUAUGGGGCACAAGGCCCUUGAAUUGUUCACAAAGAUGAUGCUGUUUCAUGUUAGACCUGAUCAAUUCACGUUCAGUAGUUGCCUUUGUGCUUGUGCUAGUAUAGCUUCACUUAAGCAUGGUAAACAAAUUCAUGCCUAUUUGUUACGAAUUAAUUUCCAACCUAAUACCAUAGUUGUUAGCGCACUCAUCGACAUGUACUCAAAAUGUGGAAGCUUGGGAAUUGGAAGGAAGGUUUUUGAUCUUAUGGGUAAUAAGCUAGAUGUUGUAUUGUGGAACACAAUUAUAUCUGCUUUGGCACAGCAUGGUUGUGGAGAAGAGGCAAUACAGAUGCUUGAUGACAUGGUAAGAUCAGGAGCAAAGCCAGAUAAAAUUACCUUUGUCGUCAUUCUUAAUGCAUGCAGUCAUUCAGGCCUUGUGCAGCAAGGGCUUAAUUUCUUUGAGUCCAUGUCUUGUGAUUAUGGCAUUGUUCCCAGCCAGGAACAUUAUGCAUGCUUAAUUGAUCUGUUGGGUCGAGCUGGAUGUUUUGAGGAGGUAAUGGACCAGCUUGAGAAGAUGCCUUAUAAGCCUGAUGAUCGUGUUUGGAAUGCCUUACUAGGUGUUUGUAGGAUUCAUGGAAAUAUAGAGUUGGGAAGAAAAGCAGCUGAACGCCUUAUUGAGUUGGAACCUCAAUCCUCUGCAGCCUAUGUAUUACUUUCAAGUAUAUAUGCUGUACUUGGGAGGUGGGAGUCAGUACAGAAGGUUAGAAAGCUUAUGAAUGAGAGACAGGUCAAGAAAGAGCGAGCCAUUAGUUGGCUUGAAAUUGAAAAUAAGGUGCAUAGUUUUAGUGUAUCAGAUAGUUCACACCCUCUGAAAGAACAAAUAUACUCAGUUUUGGAACAGUUAGCUGGCCAGAUGGAAGAAGAUGCUUCAUUAUUUAUCGCUCAAAGGUAAAGAUUUGUCAUUUUUUCUCCUUGCCAGGUUAUAUCAAGGGAAGCCUGAAAGAAUAAUGUCUCUAUUCAAUUUCAGCAGCUUGUAACAUUUUUCUUUCCCUUUUUUAUCAUCGUGUAUAUUCUGUAGAACCAGAUCUUCACGAUGAAAAUGGAGGAUGUUUUUAAGCCACAUAUUUGAUAGAUGACUAUGGAGGAUAUUUUUCUUCCUCAAGUCAUUGUUGUUCCGCUCUGUUUCUCCAAUAAAACUGUUAAAUUGGUUCAUCAUUUUUUCAAA